AUGGUUCACUUAGGUCCAAAAAAGCCACCUGCUAGAAAAGGUUCAAUGAUUGACAUGCCAAAGGAAUUGAAAGAUGACUUACAAGCCAUCGUUUCUUCUUUCGACGUCUCAACCGAAACUCUACAUGCUGUUGUCAAGCACUUUAUUACCGAGUUAGACAAAGGUCUAUCCAAGAAAGGGGGUAACAUUCCAAUGAUUCCAGGUUGGGUUUUGGAAUACCCAACUGGUAAGGAAAGUGGUGACUUCUUAGCCAUUGAUUUAGGUGGUACCAACUUAAGAGUCGUUUUAGUUGAAUUAGGUGGUGACAGAACUUUUGACACUACUCAAUCCAAGUAUAAGAUUCCAACUGCUAUGAGAACCACUCAAGACCCUGAAGAAUUAUGGGCUUUCAUUGCUGAUUCUUUAGACUCUUUUGUUAAGGAAAGAUUCCCAGAAGGCGUCGACAAGCCAUUACCAUUAGGUUUCACUUUCUCUUACCCAGCUUCUCAAGAAAGAAUUAACUCUGGUGUUUUACAAAGAUGGACCAAGGGUUUCGAUAUUCCAGACACUGAAGGUCGCGAUGUUGUCACCUUAUUACGUAAACAAUUAGAAAUUAGAAAGACUCCAAUUGAAGUUGUUGCUUUAAUUAACGAUACUACUGGUACUUUAGUCGCUUCCCUAUACACUGAUGGUGAAACUAAGAUGGGUGUUAUUUUCGGUACUGGUGUCAACGGUGCCUACUACGACAAAGUCAGCGGUAUUGAAAAGUUAGAAGGUAGAUUAGCUUCCGAUAUUACUCCAGAUAUGCCAAUGGCUAUUAACUGUGAAUAUGGUUCUUUCGAUAACGAACAUGUUGUAUUACCAAGAAACAAGUAUGAUAUCCAAAUUGAUAAUGAAUCUCCAAGACCAGGUCAACAAGCUUUCGAAAAGAUGUCUUCUGGUUAUUACUUAGGUGAAUUAGUUCGUUUAUCUUUAUUAGACUUAUACAACCAAGGUCAUAUUUUCAAGGGUCAAGAUGUUACCAAGUUAAAGACUCCAUACGUUAUGGAUACCUCUUUCCCAUCUAAGAUUGAAGAUGAUCCAUUUGAAAACUUAGAAAACACUGAUGAAUUAUUCCAAAAUGAAUUAAACAUUCAAACUACCGCCUCUGAACGUGAAAUCAUCAGAAGAAUCUGUGAAGCUGUUGGUGUUAGAGCUGCCAGAGUUUCCGCUUGUGGUAUCGCUGCUAUCUGCCAAAAGAUGGGUUACGAAACUGGUCAUAUUGCUGCUGAUGGUUCCGUUUUCAACUUAUACCCAGGUUUCAAGGAAAGAGUCCAUGCUGCCUUAAAGGACAUCUACGGAUGGAAGGAAGAAUCCGACUACAAGAAGUAUCCAAUUGUUGUUGUCCCAGCUGAAGAUGGUUCUGGUGCUGGUGCUGCCAUUAUUGCUGCUUUAACUCAAAAGAGAUUAGCUGCUGGUAAAUCUGUUGGUGUUUCUAACUAA